AUGUCUCUCUGUGAAGUUCCAAACCAAAGCCAGAGCAUAAGCGAAGUAAGCCCCCAGAAGGAAAAUUGGAAUAUUAUCGCUAGGGUCAUUCGUUCAUGGUUUGUUCCUGAUUUCACUAAACAGAGGUGUCCUUUUUCCAUGGAGUUCGUUAUUCAAGACAAAGAGGGUUCUAAAAUACAUGCUUCAAUUAGACGUACUCUAAUUUACAAAUUUCAAAAUGACAUUUCUGAAGGCCAUGUUUAUGCCAUACAAAACUUCAGUGUUGCUCCGAAUUCUGGAAUAUACAGAACAACACACCACCCUUAUAAGAUAAAUUUCCAGUUUGGUACAAAAGUUUCUUUGGUUAAUGUUAAUUUGGUUCCUAAUAUUAAACCACAAUACACACCUUUGUCUUUAUUGACAACCACUGCAUUUGAUACUGAUUAUUUGGUUGAUAUUUUGGGAUUACUGGUCGGAGUGGGGACUGAAAGAGAAUUGCAAGUUGAUGGAAAGACAACAAAAUUAAAUGUCAUAGCAAUAGAAGCCGAUGGGUUUCGAAUAGAGUGUACUUUGUUUGGUAUUUAUGUGGAUGAACUGAAUGUAUUUCUUUCGAGUGGAGAAGUACAAAAUACUGCUGUAAGUAUAGAAUUUGCGAAAGUCAAAACUUUUCAAGAUAAGGUUCAAGUUCAAAAUUGUAAGUUCUGCACCCGUAUUAAGUACAAUGUUAACUUCAAGGAAGCAUGUGAACUUAAAUCAAGAAUGUUUGAGAACAAUGAAUCUCCCUCUCAAGGAUUAACGCAACUUUCUCAGACUUCAAAAAAUACUGUCGAAGAGGACUUUUUAACACUUACACCUAGAACCAACAUUCAAGGUCUAAAAGAUUGUAAAGAGGUCACCACUUUCAUAUUGUUUGGAACAAUUAAGCAUAUCUUGGUUGACGAUGACUGGUGGUAUACUACUUGUGUGUGCAACAAAGCUGUUUAUCCAGAUUCCAAGAUGUUCUUUUGUGAGAAGUGUAACAAGCAUGUUAUAAAAGUCUUUCCAAGAUAUAGGAUUAAGAUCCGAGUUAUGGACUCUUCCGAUUCAACCACAUUUGUCCUCUUUGAUAGGGAUGCAACUACCCUUUUCAAAAAAACUUGUGCUGAUAUGUUAGACGCUCAUGAUAAGAUGAAUUCUUCUGGAAAUUUGCCUAAGCAGUUUGAUGAGUUAGUUGAUAGAAGUCUGCUUUUUAAAGUGGAAAGUAGGAACGAUCAGAAUUUCAAACUUGAACAGUCUUUCAGAGUGAAGAAAAUAUGUGUUGAUGAUGAUAUCAUUGACAAAUUCAAUGAUUCUUCGUUGAAAUCUGUGGAUGUUUAUGCUAGAAAUGGUGAGUUUAGCAGGGAAAAAAUGCGUUUAGUGAAUGAGUCCACCGUUAAUAUUUCAGAGGAUUUAUUAGUCCGAUUUACCAAAGAAACAAUUGAGUCUGGAUCCCAAUCACCUGAACUAAUCCAAGAUAAUCCAACCAACGAUGAUGCUAGUAGUUCACAUAAGAGAGAAUCUGGAAAGAAGACUGUAUCACUUGAAUCCAUCGAAGAAGAUAAUGUUCCAUUGAAGCUUUUAAAAAGAAAUAUUAAGAAGGAAAAAUCAGCGAUUUGA